UGUACCCUUCCUCGCGAGAACGCUGAGCAUUCCGGCUUCGGAAGCGCUUGUAGAAGCGGAGGUGCGGUUCAUUGAACUCGUCGGCCGCCGUAGCCCCUGCUAGGACAGCCCGUGCGAGCCUGCUGGAGGAGGAAAAGAAAGGCAGAGAGAGUCGGAUUACAAGAUGGCGGAUCUGUAGUAGUUACCGCGGCGGUACCGGCGGCGGUGGGAGAGCGAGCGAGCCCUGGGGAGCAAAGGGACCGGAGGGUGGGUGUAUGCGGGGGUGAAGUGAGAGGUAACAGGGCCUCCGGGCGAAGGGGUCUCAGUGGCUCUUGUCACCCCUUCUCGCGGCUGAAUCUCUGGACCAUGGUGAAUUCGGGCCUCUCCGGAGCCGCCGCCGCCACUACCGCCUCUACCGUCUCUCAAGAGUGAGGGGCGCGGACGAGGUGAGCGAGGAGGCGGCGGCUGGAGCGGUGGAGACAGCAGCCACCAUGUCGGAUACGCGGCGGCGAGUGAAGGUCUAUACCCUAAACGAAGACCGGCAAUGGGACGACCGAGGCACCGGGCACGUCUCCUCUACUUACGUGGAGGAGCUCAAGGGGAUGUCGCUGCUGGUUCGGGCAGAGUCCGACGGAUCACUACUCUUGGAAUCAAAGAUAAAUCCAAAUACUGCAUAUCAGAAACAACAGGAUACAUUAAUUGUUUGGUCAGAAGCAGAGAACUAUGAUUUGGCUCUGAGUUUUCAGGAAAAAGCUGGCUGUGAUGAGAUCUGGGAAAAAAUAUGUCAGGUUCAAGGUAAAGACCCAUCAGUGGAAGUCACACAGGACCUCAUUGAUGAAUCCGAAGAAGAACGAUUUGAAGAAAUGCCUGAAACUAGUCAUCUGAUUGACCUGCCCACAUGUGAACUCAAUAAACUUGAAGAGAUUGCUGACUUAGUUACCUCAGUGCUCUCCUCACCUAUCCGUAGGGAAAAGCUGGCUCUCGCCUUGGAAAAUGAAGGCUAUAUUAAAAAACUACUGCAGCUGUUCCAAGCUUGUGAGAACCUAGAAAACACUGAAGGCUUACACCAUUUGUAUGAAAUUAUUAGAGGAAUCUUAUUCCUAAAUAAGGCAACUCUUUUUGAGGUAAUGUUUUCUGAUGAGUGUAUCAUGGAUGUCGUGGGAUGCCUUGAAUAUGACCCUGCUUUGGCUCAGCCAAAAAGACAUAGAGAAUUCUUGACCAAAACUGCAAAGUUUAAGGAAGUUAUACCAAUAACAGACUCUGAACUAAGACAAAAAAUACAUCAGACUUACAGGGUACAGUACAUUCAGGACAUCAUUUUGCCCACACCAUCUGUUUUUGAAGAGAAUUUUCUUUCUACUCUCACGUCUUUUAUUUUCUUCAACAAAGUUGAGAUAGUCAGCAUGUUGCAGGAAGAUGAGAAGUUUUUGUCUGAAGUUUUUGCACAGUUAACAGAUGAGGCUACAGAUGAUGAUAAACGGCGUGAAUUGGUUAAUUUUUUCAAGGAAUUUUGUGCGUUUUCUCAGACAUUACAACCUCAAAACAGGGAUGCAUUUUUCAAAACUUUGGCAAAAUUGGGAAUUCUUCCUGCUCUUGAAAUUGUAAUGGGCAUGGAUGAUUUGCAAGUCAGAUCAGCUGCUACAGAUAUAUUUUCUUAUCUAGUAGAAUUUAGUCCAUCUAUGGUCCGCGAGUUUGUAAUGCAAGAAGCUCAGCAGAGUGAUGACGAUAUUCUUCUUAUUAAUGUGGUAAUUGAACAAAUGAUCUGUGAUACUGAUCCUGAGCUAGGAGGCGCUGUUCAGUUAAUGGGACUUCUUCGUACUUUAAUUGAUCCAGAGAACAUGCUGGCCACAACUAAUAAAACUGAAAAAAGUGAAUUUCUAAAUUUUUUCUACAACCAUUGUAUGCAUGUUCUCACAGCACCACUUUUGACCAAUACUUCAGAAGACAAAUGUGCAAAGGAUUUUUUUUUAAAACAUUACAGAUAUAGUUGGAGUUUCGUAUGUACCCCUUCACAUUCCCAUUCCCAUUCUACCCCCUCUUCCUCCAUCUCUCAAGAUAAUAUAGUUGGAUCAAACAAAAACAACACAAUUUGUCCCGAUAAUUAUCAAACAGCACAGCUACUUGCCUUAAUUUUAGAGUUACUCACAUUUUGUGUGGAACAUCAUACAUAUCACAUAAAAAACUAUAUUAUGAACAAGGACUUGCUAAGAAGAGUUUUGGUCUUGAUGAAUUCAAAGCACACUUUUCUGGCCUUGUGUGCUCUUCGCUUUAUGAGGCGGAUAAUUGGACUUAAAGAUGAAUUUUAUAAUCGUUACAUCACCAAGGGAAAUCUUUUUGAGCCGGUUAUAAAUGCGCUUCUGGAUAAUGGAACUCGGUACAAUCUGUUAAAUUCAGCUGUUAUUGAGUUGUUUGAAUUUAUAAGAGUGGAAGAUAUCAAAUCUCUUACUGCACAUAUAGUUGAAAACUUUUAUAAAGCACUUGAAUCGAUUGAGUAUGUUCAGACAUUCAAAGGAUUGAAGACUAAAUAUGAGCAAGAAAAAGACAGACAAAAUCAGAAACUGAACAGUGUACCAUCUAUAUUGCGUAGUAACAGAUUUCGCAGAGACGCAAAAGCCUUGGAAGAGGAUGAAGAAAUGUGGUUUAAUGAAGAUGAGGAAGAGGAAGGAAAAGCGGUUGUGGCACCAGUGGAAAAAUCUAAGCCAGAAGAUGAUUUUCCAGAUAAUUAUGAAAAGUUUAUGGAGACUAAGAAAGCAAAAGAAAGUGAAGACAAGGAAAACCUUCCGAAAAGGACAUCUCCUGGUGGCUUCAAAUUUACUUUCUCCCACUCUGCCAGUGCUGCUAAUGGAACAAACAGUAAAUCUGUAGUGGCUCAGACACCACCAGCAACUUCUAAUGGAUCCUCUUCCAAAACUACAAACUUGGCUACAACAGUAACAGCCACCAAGUCAACAUAUAUUCAGUGUCUAUAUUGUGCCAGCCACUGGGCAAGAACAAUCAACAUCAUCUCUAUCCUUAAGAAGCUUGGAACUACAGUUUCUCACCUGUAUCUCAACAAGUACCACGCUCUUGCUGUGUGUAGAGUAUUACAGCUACAAAAAGGUAAAAUCCUUGUCUAAAGAUUUAGUAUAAACUAUACUAUAAUACAAGAUUGCCACAUAAGCCAAAUGGGCAGUACACUAAUCCCUUACUAACAAUGUAAUUGGUUUCCAAACUUUUGCUUGCAAGUAAAAAGUCACCCUAUAUUUUCAGAACAAUUAAUGUAAAGCUGUCAUUUUUUGUACUGCGAGAAUAAAAGUCACCAAUGUCAAUAAUUUUUGUUUAUAAAUUGAAGGUAACUAUAAACCUGCCAAUGCAUUGUGAAAAUGUACAGAUUUCUAAAGCAAGUAGAACUUGGAAGCACAUAUAAACAUGAGCAUGAAAUGCUUUCCAGCCAUUUGGUGACUGUGCCAACCAAGAGAGAGGGUUAACAUUCUCAUUGCUCCUCUGGGCCAAAUUUUAUUAUAAGGUGAUUGUUUUUAAAAAGAUAAAACCUUUUCAGUGUAAGUACAUGGGCUAUGAAAGAAAGCACAUUGAGACAAGCAAUGACUUACAUUAAAAUGAUGCUAAGAUCUAAAAGCAUGAUAAGAAAACAUGGCACACAUGUCCCUAAGGAUAAAAAUUUUUGCCACACCUGGUUGAUCCUUACAGUUAAAGAAAGAAAGAAACCUUGACAGCAUACAUACUAAAAGAGAAAACAGAAUUUUGUCCAUGCAAGAAACUUGACAACAGACCACUGCUCUAGUAGUGACUGGACUGACUAUAGUGCCAGAGAGGUUGGAGGGCUUUACAGGCCCUUAGACAAUAAGGGAAAUCUCCAUGGAAGAGAUAAGCUGGAACCAGCACUCCAAACCAACCUAGACAGGGAGCUACAGAACUAACAGCAAUAGAGUUAAAACAACACUGUUGUUACUGAUAGUGACUUUAGCAGAGGUAGGCUUAGCCCUCAAUGGACUCACAGAGUUGGAGAAAGGACAGUUCAAAUCAUUCCUGAGGAGGGGAAAGCCCAUACAUAUAAGCAUUUAUAUUCCACUCAUGUUCUUUCUCUGGACAGUUCUUGCCUUGGGUUUGUUAAUUAUGAACAUACAUAUAUUCUCAAACCUAGAGAGGAAAGUACUUGAAGCCAAAAUACUUGGCUUCUCUAAUUUCUAGGAAGGAAAGAUCAGAAAGCCAGAAAACCGAAAGAAAGAUCAUCUCAUAUCUGGCAACUCUGCAUCAAUCUGAGAAAAGAUACUAUCUAUUGCUAGCAGGAACAAGGGAAAGACAGGCAAAAGGUCAAAACAGGACAUCAAACAACUUCAUGAUUCUUCCACACUUAGGUCUUCAUAAUGGGCUUCCAUCACUUGGUAUGAAGUGAUUUUCUGAAAUACCACAUAGGCUCAUUAAAAAAACUUUUUUUUUAUUAAAAUCAUUACUUUUGAAAUUAUCUACCAUUUGUGUUGUGCCAUUAAUGUGUAAACUGAAUUACAUGUGGUUUGAGAUCAAGUUUUCUACAGCUUCACUUAAUCAGGUAAGAAAGCAGACAAAGCUAAUUUAUUCAAAUCAUGUUAGACACAAGAUUUAAAUAGUAUAAGCACUUAGGCAUAUAUAAAACAAAGUUAAUUUGUGUCAGCAAAUUAAAAUGGAGCACAGACAAACCUAAAGCAGGAGGUUUCAAAGGUAUAAUUCAAAUGAGGCUAUUUCUACUUACAAUCUGCAGAAUAUAU